AUACUUAUAUUCUAAGGCCUAAUAGAAUAUUUUUACAGUUGUCAUCUGUGCUAGUAGUUGUGAAUUAUAUAUCGUAAUUUCAUCAAAACAUGUAUAACCAAGUAUUAUUAAUUCUUUUAUUUUUUUGUACUUACAUCAUAUCAGUUAAAAUAUCAGAAAUCAAUGAACCGGUCGAAAAUAUGUGUAUAACUCAAAUUGAGGCAAAAAAAAUUAUUAAAAUGUAUGGCAAGGAAGACACAACAUUUGAUUUCGAAUCAUUCAAACAAAUUUUAAGUAAAAUGAAUGUUAAUUAUGACGACGAGUCUUUGCAACAAGUAUUUAAUGAUAUCGAUGAAGAUAGUAAUAAUGUAAUAGAGUUCAAUGAAUUUAUGAAAUUCAUAACAAGUUAUAUUAAUAAUCCACCAGAAGGAACUUUGAAAGAAGUAUUUGAUAUCUAUGACAUAGAUAAAAAUGAGAAAAUCGAUGCUGAAGAACUGUAUACAACGUUAACCAAGCUGGGCUAUGACACAACCUUAGAACAAUGUCAAAACAGCUUGAAAGUUUUUGAUAAAAAUGGUGAUGGAGUUCUUGAUAAGAAAGAAUUUGAGGAAUUUAUGAUAACAAAACCGCCAAAACAUGAUUGAACAUUUUCAGAAAAUAUCUAAUCAUCUUUAACAAUAUUUUGUUAAUAUAAUUAAAUACUAACUAAAAUAAAAUAAAAAUAAUCUUUUCUA